GGGGGGGGGGGGCUCUUCGGGUUCUUCCUCUUCUUCUGUAAAGGCAAAAUCGGUCGAAGAUGCCAUUUCACGAAGGAGUCUACUACCCCUACACCAGUGACACCCAAGGGACCCACUCAUCAGCGGGGAUCCCAUCCCUCCUGAAUUCCCCGCUCAGCCAGCAGUCUGUCAACGGCCACUGUGCACCGGCACCAGGCAUGACUCCAUCCAGCGGAGCCUCCACCAUCCUUCCAUUUAAGUUCCGCCCUCGCAGGGAAAGCGUGGACUGGCGGAGGAUCAACGCCGUGGAUGUGGACCUUGUGGUGAGCCAGCUGGACGUGGACGCUCUGCAGGAUCACAUCAGCACCGUUACGUUCUGCAGUUUAGAAGGCGAGCGAUGCCAGCGGUGCCAAAGCCCAGUGGACCCGGCUCUGGUCAAGCUCCUUCGGCUGGCCCAGCUUUCAGUGGAGUGGCUCCUCCACUGCCAGGAGUUUCUCACCCUCAGCCUGCGUGCUGCGGAGGAGAGACUGGCGGCCGCAGGAGGGGAGCGGGAGCAGCUGCUGGCUCAGCAGAAGAAGCAGGAGGAGAAGGUGAAGGCGCUCGCCGCCGAGCUCAAGCAGAGGAAGAAGGUUAUUCGCACACAGCAGACUCUGCUCGCCCCAAGGAUCAUCAGCAGCCACAAGUGUCCAGAGUGUGAUAAAUCCUUCCUCAAUUCCUCCUUUCUCCAGAAUCACAUGCAACGCCGCCAUCCUGACGAGUACGACAACCAGUUGCGGUCUGACAGUGAGAAGAAAUCUCAGAUUGAAAUCCUCAAAUCUGAGAUCAGCAGUCUGAAGGAGCAGGUUGUUCAGCAGCAGCAAACCCUGCAGACCAAAACAGCUCAGGAGAAAGAGCAACAGUCGCUGCAGAAAGACCUGCUGAGAGAACUGGACCGAUUCAAGGCUGAGGAGAUGGCACGCAUGGACAGAAAGAUAGAAGACAGCAGGGACGGGAUGCGUAGAGAGAUGGAAUACCUUUACACCAGAAACAUUCAAGCUCUCAAUGAAGUCAACCAGAAUCACACGGCUAAGCAUGAAAAAGCAGCCAGCCCUGUUCAGCCAGAGAGAGAUGUGGACAACCACAAAGAUAUGCAAAUGCUAGCAAUCCAAAAGCUGGAACAUCAAAUGAAGAAACAGGAUAAAAAGUGGGAAUACAGGCUGCAGGAAAUAAAGGUUCAACAUGAGUCUGAAAAGAAUCAGUUGUUGAACGAGCUGAGCAGAACGCAGUUGGAGCAGCAGGAGCGAAGCCAGAGGCUGCAGCAGGAGAUGGGCAGGAGGCUGCAGGAGAAGGAGCAGACUAUCAGGGCUCAGAGGGAGCAGAUAAGAAAUAUUUCUUCAAAUCCGCCCACCAAGGUAGUGGAAGUGCCAGUCAUUGUCACUGCACCAGCUCCUGAGCCUAAACCAAAGAGAGUCAUACUUGACUCAAGCAGCUUCUCUGAGAGGAGGCCCGUGGAGAGAAAGCCUGAUCCUGUGCCGGAGAAGAAACAGAGAGCGCCCUCCAGUGUUCUGAAGAGGAACAACAGCAUCAAGAAAGACAUGCGGCCAGACAUGGAGGAGGCUGUUAUCAAGAGGCUGGAGGGCCUUGGAGUCAAGCCUGAUCAGAGCGGUCUAAGGAACAAAGAGCUGAACUCCAUCCUGGCCAAGAUGAAUUCAACACGGGAGAACUUUGCAAAAGGGAAACCUGACUUCUGGCGCCAACGAGAAGAGAUAGAGAGCACCGUGGAGCAGAAACUGGGCGGUCAGAGGAGAGGCAGCGACCCCGCUCCUGAGACACAAGCCAGAUCCAAACAGUCAGUCCAGGUGUUGCAGCGCCGUCCUCGCUCCAGCAGUCUGCCCGCCAGAGCAACAAAGGUGCAAUCUGGACCUUCAAUCAAAGAGCCCAAGACCCCCCAGCCGGCACCAAGGACCAAGACCACCACUCAACCCCAGACAUCUACACCCAACACCAAGACUGCACCGAGGAACCCCACAUCCAAGACCCCUCCUUUCAGCUCUGAUGAAGAGUCUGAAGAAGAGGACACAGACUCAGAGGAGGAACAGCCGUACAAACUCCAGAGCAGAAAAUCACUACAGCCCAGACUUAACCAGGCCAACCCUGUCCAAAUCAAAACAGGAAAAGCAAAUCCACAGCCACUCGUGACUAAGACAGUCGUCUCAAAGAUAGAGAGUGAUGUAGAGGACUUUGAUGAAGAUUGGUCAGAUGUGAGUGAGCUCCAGGAGAUCGACCCUGGACGACUUCAGAGUCACAAAGACCAGAAUGGGAACAUGGAUAAGAAAAGCUUUGGUCAAGAGAACAAAAUCGAUGACUUGGUGAGAAAAAUGGAGAAGCAGUUUGUAGACAGAGGUUUGAAGAAACCAGCAGGGGGCGUCAGCAUCAUACCAGGGAUGAGGGAUGAGGUUCAGGAGCUGACGUACACAGAUCUGGAGGAGAGCAGUGAGUGGUUGGCCUCCUCCUUAGAGGACAGAGUGGAAAGGUCCAAACCAGCUCAUGGCUCUGGACCAAUCAGGAAGAGCCUGGAGUCAUCCAUCACCAGCGUUUGGGGAACCUCGACAGGAAAGGCUACCAAAUCAGGUCUGACUGAAGCUGGAACAGCGAGCACCUUGAAGAGCAGCCUGUGCUCCCUCAGUGACAUCAGCGACUCAGAGGAGAUGAGCAAUAAACACAAUAAACGAUACGGCUGAUCAGGUGAUGCAGCCGAGCACAGACACCUUAGACCUCAGUCAACUUCUCUGAAAUUUACAGGGAACACCAGAUGGCCUGAGUAUACACAUGGAUGCUUCUACACAGACAAAGCAAUACUUUUAAAGGGAGACAGUUUUUUGCAUAUAGAAAAAAGCUUUUAGUUAUCUCUAACUAAAUAAGUUAGAGAUAAAUAACAUUACAGAUUUAUUUUAUAGUUCCACUCUAUGCCUUGUGCCAAUUCUUUGCUUGCCUUAGACCUUUUUCAGUGUUUUGUUUAUACAUGUUAAUCUUACCUGCACUCCAAAUGAGACUGUAUGUAGUUUGUGUGAAAUUUUGUACAUCAACUUUUUAUAACGUCUUCACGUUUAAAAUGAAACAAUGAGAUGUGAUUUUGUAUAGAAAAUAUUUAUACCAGCAAUAAAAGAUUACUUUGUGAAACGCA